GAGAUUACUCGUCAGAUUUCACAUUCAGAUCUUAGAGAGAGAGAGAGAGAGAGAGAGAGAUGUUUGGGAAGAUAAGAGUGUCGCCUUCUUCAUUGGAAAGCUUGGAUAGGCCUCCUUCCAAGAUUCUCAAGGAUGAUUCUCUCUCCAUCUACGAGGCCACACUAGUCAAGCUUAAACAAGGUUCUCGACGCGAUUCAAGUCCACCCUCCAAGCAGAUAGGGAAUGUAGAUGUUGGUUCCAUUUCAAGCUCAACCAGUCUUGAGCCAAUGAAGAUAGAUGUGAGUUCUUCUUCUGCCAGCAGUUCACAGGAUUCUCCAGAGUUCACAACCUCUCUCAAUGAGGAGGUAAUCUCAAUCGAUACGGAUUGUUAUUCAUCCAUAACACAUCCAAGUUCUAGAAACACCCUUUUAGUGAGCAGUCCUAAGGAGCAAGAUGAAAGGACCUUGUCGAUUAUUUACCUGUUUUCUAAAUUUAAAAAUGCUCAUCAUGCUGUUAACUUAGCCUCUGAGGAUUCAGUGAGCACAAUGGAGGAUGGUUAUUCUGUCGGUAUUUCUCCAAAUUUCAGCAGUUGUCAAUCUCUUGAUAGCACAAAGCAGCAAUCGGAACAAGAGUUUGUCACUUCACAAGUGAUUUGUGAGCACUGAAAUGGGUUCUUGACCUGAAAUCUUUUAACCCUUUGAACGUCGCUGAAUUUUUGUACCUAUAAUCAUAUUUAAAUGAAACUUAAAAAAGGAAGGUUGAU